AUGCAAUUUUCCAUCAUUGGUGCACUCCUCGCAAUGGCGAUUGCCCCUGCGGCUGCCGCCGACGGACUCACCUUCGACAUCUUCUUCACUCCCGGCAGCGUCCCUACCACCCAACACUGCACAGCAAACGGCGUCCAGACUCUCACUGAGACUGUGACUGAUGGCGGAUGUCAAUCAUGGGCGUUUCAGUUUGGAGAUGCCGUCAAGUUGACUCCUGGACAGACCAUCCCUGCUUCUUUGCAGACCAACGAGGAGCAGACUUGCACAGUCUACUUUGUUCAGCAGGCUGGCGAUACACCUUCGAGGCACUGCACGGAUGUAGUUUUGGGGACGACGGCGGACUUGUCCGAUGAGUGCUAUGUUGCGCCUCCGGGAACAUAUGGCUUGAAUAUUGUUUGUGCAAAGAAUUAG